CCGCUCCUCCCAGCGGCCCCCGCGCUUCAAGAUGGCGGCGCCACCGGAGAAGCCGGGACCGGUCCGGUAGUUCCGCCGCGGCGAUGGGGCCUUGGGGCCCUGCCGGGCCGCGUUGCUGCGUCCUCUACGCCGUUUUGGGGGCCCUGGUCUGCGGCCUGCGGCCGGUGGGGGCGGCGAUGGUGGCGAGCGACGAAAAGCGCUCGGCGAGCCCGGUGGCCACCACGCCGUGCUGGAGGGUGGAGGACUUCGUGGUGACGCAGGAAUGUGCCCGCUGCUCCGGUUUCGAGGCGGUGAGUGCGCUCAACCCUCUCCUCCCGGUGGGGACCGGUAGCACCGGGACAGGUCCCGGGUCCCGGUCUCGGAUCCCGGUCCCCGAUCCCGGCCCCGGUUCUUAA